UCGCGGGCAGCUAUCGACUUCAGACGCCGGUUUAUCUGCUGACUGGACGGGCCGCUGCCGGGCUGUGCGCUCGCCGCUGAUAACUGCGCUGAUAGCCGCUGCUGAUAGCUGGUGCUGCGAUGGACCGACCGCGCGCUACACUCCUGCUCCAGGGUGCGGUGCUGCUGUGCCUGGUAACGCACGCCGUGCUGCAAGAUGGCGAGCAACAGGCAGGCGGGGACGUUAGCUCGUCGGUCUGCGGCGGUUGUUCGUGCGGGGGCGGCCUGCUGGACUGCUCGGGGCUGCCGCUGGAGGGCGGCGGGGGCGGCUCCUGGUUCUGGCCGCGCUGCGAGUGCGCCGCCGCCUCCAACCUCACGGCCGUCUUCCGCGCCUGCGGCAUCAAGGUGCUGUUCCCGCUUCCGGAGCAGAGGGGGGUCUCCAGCCUGUCGCUGCGUCACAACCGUAUGGUCGACAUACACGACGGAGCCUUCGCCAAACUGCCCGGACUCGUGGAACUGGACCUCAGCCACAAUCUGCUGCAAGUGGAGGACGUGCGGCCGACUGUGCUGCGCGGAGCUUACAGCCCCGCCCGCUACGAGCCGAUGGCGCUGCAGCUGCUGGACCUGUCGUACAACCAGCUGCACUCGCUGGACCCACAGGCCUUCGAGCACUGCCCCAGACUCACGGUGCUCCGACUGGACUACAACCCGCUCAAGGUCAUCGAUGGCCCAACGCUCAGGGCGGUGGGCACGCCUCACCUGCAGGAGCUGGGCCUGGCGGGCGCGCAGCUGUCUGCGGUGCCGCGGCGGCUGCUGGAGCAGCUGGCGUCGCGGCGCUCGCUCCGGGCGCUCCGCCUCAGCGACAACAACCUCACCGCCGUGCCGGACGGCCUGCAGCUGCUCGACGCGACGCUGGAGGAGCUGAACCUGUCGGCGACGCAGCUGGAGCAGCUGGACGACGAGAGCCUGCUGGGGGAGUGGCCGCGCCUGCGCAGUCUGGCGCUCAGCGCUAUGCCGCGCCUGCGCAGACUGGGCCCGCGCGCGCUCUCCUCCCUGACGCAGCUGGAGCAGUUCCUGUGCGCCUUCAACGGCCAGCUGCACGAAGUCCACCCACUCGCCACCGCCGGGCUCGAAAACCUGCGCUGGGUGCGGCUGGACAACAACGCGCUGGAGCGGCUGGGCGCGGACAGCCUGCGCUGGUCGUCCCUGGCUGAGCUCAAGCUGGAGGGCAACCCGUGGCGCUGCGACUGCAGCGCGCUCCAGUGGCUGUCCCAGCAGGCGGCCGACGCCAUCACGGACCAGCCCCGGUGCGGUACUCUCAGCUAGCGGGCGCUAUGAGCAGCGUGACUGGCGGUCCGAUUGCCCCCUGACGUCACCACCUUCCGCGUGAGCCUCCCUUCGCUUUUCGCCGCAUCACUUGUUGUGAACUCUGCGUUGUAAUUCCACUCUAUCAGCGUGUUCAGUGUUUUUUUUUUAUCUGAAAUUCUUAAAAUACUCCCCACCGCAUGGAGGAAGACGGAUAAUCGUGUUCCAUAUUCUGACUGGCUGUGCUACCGAUCGUCCUGAAACACUUUGUAGAACAUGUUUCAUAGCAUAUAACGAGGACGUGCUUCCUGUGAAACCUCUGAGUGCCCCUUGGCCAACAGUUAUUGGAACUGGUGUCCUACACUGACAGAUUUUACUCUUGAAUCCUGACUGCUCAUUAAUUUUCGGAAGAAAUAAUGGAAAACAAAAGUGUGGAAAAAAAUGAAUGAACUGGAGUCAGUACUAAAUAAAUAUACAGCGGUCUUUUUUUAAAAUUUUUUUUAAGCUUGGUACACACCUAGCGACAAAGUCGCACGUUAUUGUAUACGAACAGUCCCAUUGCAUUAUACCGUGACAGUCCCCAUACAAAGUAGCGCUUUCGCAUUUGGAGUAGUUACGCAUUAAGUCAUGGGCAAAUGUUGAAAGAAAUAGUUUACAAAUGUGAUCAAGCGACAAAGAUCAGAUAAACAUCAACAAUGACAGUAGAAAAUGAGAUAUUAUAACAUGAGGUAUCACUAUGCAGAUGAGAACGUAUUAAUUUAGUGAAUGUGUAUACAUUCAUCUUUUAGUCUAAAUUAGAAAUACUACUUAUGUAUGUAUGCAUGUACAAGUAAUAUUUCUCAAUAUACUGCAGGUACCGUGCUGUAUAAAUUGUGGAAUAAAAUGAAAUGUACUUAAUAUUUAAGGAAUGUUCCACCAGUAGGUGGAGGAACAUAGACAUAUUAAA